UCCGGUGAGAGAAACGAGAACUAAAACAUUUCUAACAUGCCUGUUCGACUAGGUGGACGAAUAAAUUAGUCAAAUAAUAGUAUUUCUGCUAAUUCUUGAUGCUGUAAACAGUUAUUGAGUAUGUUUUCUUUGUUCAUCGGGGGUUUGGCGCUGCUAAUGCGCGCGAGUUUUCAAAGUGGGCGAGUCAACGUUGCCAGGAUGUUCAACAGGCUAGUUAGCUAGCUAACCAGAGUUAGCUUCGGACUUUACAGAGUUUACUGUCUGGGGAAAUGCUCGUAAAGUGGUGUUAAACUCUGUACUGGCAACACAAUCUGCGUUUACGAGAAACGUUCUGUGUGUAAGCGUUUUCAUGCUCUGUAAUUUAAAAAUGCAACAAACAUUAGUUGAGUUGGUUCGCUGCUUUAAGAUGUAAACAGUAGCAGGGGCAGCACUCAGCAGUCAAAGGCAGCGUUGAUUAGAUGAGCUACUAAAAUAAACUUCCAAAUCUUUUUUGGUAUUCCAACUGCAGGCAGGGCAGUAUGUCGAUUGAUUUUGACAGCGCUGCUCUUCAGACUCAGCAUGAUGAAGACGAAUACGACCAGGAAGACUACGCAAGAGAGCAAGAGUUGCACAAACUGCUCACAGACCUACCAGAUGACAUGCUGGAAGAUAGCAGAGACUCCUCCUCCCCUGAGCUGGAGUGCUCUACCUACAGCAAUAAAAACACCAGCAACAGCCCACAGUCUAAGUGGAACCAGGAUUGGUCUGAUCAUACACAGCCCACUUCUCACACACAGGCUUAUGAAGUCGACCAUGAUCAUGGUUCGCAUGAUGAGUAUGCCUACGAGGAUGGUCCUGCGUGCGCUAACGAACAUCUGAGUCACCCUCAUAAUGCAUUACUGCCUCGCAGCUGGAACCAGGAUCGUCACCUAGCUCAGGAAAAUCAUUCAUGCACAAACAUGGACUCGGGUGAAUAUGCAGAGACCAGGGAUUUUUCUGCAGAGUGCGAGCCCAGGUUGUUCCCUGAGAGCACCAAAAACAAUGUGGAUUAUAAUGGAGACGGAGGCUACAGGAACCAGCAAUGCCGUGGUGACCACAGCACCAGAACCCAUUUCCAAAAAUUAACAUCAGGACAAGGUGACCAUGGUGGUCAUCAUUUCAAGGUUAAUAAUUAUAACCCUCAGCUCACUGCCCACCUGCCAAAAAUGUUACACCCGGAUUCCAUUCAGCAAAAAGAUCAAUUCGAUCAGCUGCAGAGGGAAUUUUUGGAUUCGACGCAGCAAACUGCUGAUAGGGAACAAGUUGCCCAGCUGCAGGUUUUAAAUAAAGCUCAACAGAGGCAAAUAGACGACUUGGAGCGGAAAUUGGAGGAUUCCCGCCGUAAUAUGAGAUACAUCGAGCAUCAGUUUGCAAUCGUCAAAGAUGAAAAAGACGGCCUUGCGGUAAGUUUCAAGGAGUCAAGUCGAUUGAUUGAAGAAGCAAAGAGAGGAGAGGUUCAAAUGCAAAACAAGCUAAAGGCUCUGGAGCAGCAGGUACAGAUCCUCAGAGAGAAAGACCAGGAGAACACGAUGAAGCUGAAUGUUGCUGAUGCUGCAGUGGACAGCAUGAAGCAGCAGAUGUUGGAGCUUUGUCGCUCUGACACUCUGUCCAGAGCACGGCAGCAGCACGACAGAGACCUCGCCAUCAUAAAGGAGCAGCACGAGGCGGCGCUUUUGGCCUUGCAGCAGAAACUCGACUCCACCUCACAGGCCCUGAAUGACCAGAUUAAUGUUGCUCAGAAGUUACAGCAGCAAGUAAAGGAGCUGGAACGUCAGCGAGAAGAAGAGCAACUGGAGCGAGCCAGAAUCGUCAAUUCUCUCACCCAGCGCCUGGAGGAGAGUCAGCAACAAUGCGCCAAGCUGCUGCAAACCAAUUCAGUACAAGAAAUGAGUCAAAUGAAGAUCAAACUACAACAAGCCCAGUCCGCCAAGGCGUUGAGUGAAAACAUGAACAAGGUUUUACAGGAAGAUAUGGCUGAGCUGAAAGAGCAGAUAACUCUGUAUGAAUCUGCACUAAAACAUGGCGUUAUAGCGAUUGACCUAAGUAAGGACUGGGAGAACCAUCUGUCUGAAUCCUGCAUGGAUCUGGGACUGAAGAAACCCGAAAGAAAAAAUGGCACACUUCACAGAACUGCUCUGAAUCACCUGUCAGACUCCAAACUGCCCAAGGACGAAGCUCUCAGGCUCCUGCGUGUGGAAAUGCAGCGCUGCCUGGGAUGUUUAAAGGGGAAGAGGCUGAAGAUCAGUCAGCUGCAGGAGGAGCUCCAACACUCGCAGGCUCGAGUCAGCGAGCUGCAGGCCGAGUUGGAAGAAGCAAAACUCAACUCCUCAGCCAGAGAGACCAGCCCCAUGAAACACCUGGAGAUGACUGAAGACUCUCAGAAAGAGUUGAUGAGAAUACAAGAAGAGAAACAACACUUGCUGGAACAAGUGGAGCUGCUUGAAAAGAAGCAUAAGGAGCUAAAACAGAGCGAGGAAAAGCUAAAGGUUGCCAACUCUGAGCUGUGCACCAAAAUGAGGGAAAUGAUCCAAGAGCUGGACCAAGAAAAGCAAGAAGCGGCUGAGAGGACUGAGCGGAUUAAUCAGCAGUAUAGAGAUGAUGUGGUGAACCGGGUCAGAACUGAACUCAUGCUAGAACACAAUGCUGAGGUGGAGCGGCUGACUGCACAGCACCAACAGCAGAUCCAGCAGCUGCAAAACCAGCUGUCAGAAGUCAGCGAUAAGAUGUUGGCUGUGCAGCAAUGUUACAUCGCUAUGUGCAAGGAGAAGUGUUCCCUGGAGGAAACUGUGGAGAAGAGAGACCACGAAGAGAGCAGUAUAGCCGUGGAAAGGCUGAGAGGUGAACUUGAGGCCAAGCAUCAGGCCUCGAUGAUGCACCUUAAAGAAGACUGGUCCAAAGAGAAAGAGGCUGAAAUCCAGCAGGAAGUGAGCUCUCAUGUAGCUUCUACUGAAGCCAAAUGGAAGAAAGAACUUCAAAAGAGAGAGAAAACCUGGGUUCAGAAGCUGGAGGAGGCUGAGAAAGAGAGAAACCCAGACACUGCUGAGGUGACCUGCCAGACAGAUGAGCUAGAGGCCAGAGGUCGGACAGUUUAUGCUGAGGAGCUGGACUCCAGGCUCGCUGCCCAGAAACAUCAGCUGCAACUGGAAGCGGAGAAAGUGCAACACAAAGCUGUGGAGGAAGCCAGGAAACAAGUCCAGAGAGAGUUAGAAGAGAAACACCUGAACGACAUGGCCAAGCAGGUUGAAGGAGCUGUAACCCGAGCCUACAGCCGUUGGAUUGAGGACUUGUCUUCAUUACCAGAAUACCAAGCAUUUCUCCAAAGGGAAAAGGAGAAAUGGGAAGAGCUUCAAGAAGAAGUUACAAACCAAAAAAUAUCCCAGGCCCUGCGGAAAGCAGAGGAGGAGUGGCACAAGAACCAAGUGGAGCAGCAGAAAGUGGUGGAGCUUCAGGAGGCACUGGCAGCCCUCAAGAGCCAGCUGGAGCAAGCCACCAGAGAGCAAGCUGCCCUACUGAAAGUUGAGCUGGCUGCAGCCCGAGCAGCGUGGUACAGAGACAAACAGCAGGAGAUCUCUAUCAUCCAGACCCGAAACGAGCAAGCAUGCCAAACCAAGCUGCAAGAGCAGUGCAAAAACCUAGAGCAGGCUGUGCAGGAAGUUAGAGAAGAUGCUAACCUCCAGAGGAAGGAGCUGCUGCUGGAGAUGGAGGCCAAGCUUCAGCAGGCUAUGAGGACACGAGAAGAGGAGUGGAGAUGCCGGUAUGCAGAGAAGGAGCUGGCCCAAAGACAGCAGAUGAAGGAAAAAUUCUUAGCAGAGCUUCACACUGCAGUUGCCAAGGUCGCUACACAACUUAUAAGGCCUUGUGAAACAGACCAUCAGGAGACUGAAGAUAGCAGGAGCAUCAGCGGGUCGCCAUUGGAAGCUACCAUCACAAACACCAUAGAAACCUCGUGCAGAGACAUGGUGACCAGAGCCGUAUCCGAGGCCAAGAAAGAAUGGAAGAAAAUUAGCGAAGAAAGGCUGAGCCGCAUCCUCAAAGAAACACAAGAGAAACAUAUAAGAGAAAUCAACAAAAUGCAAGGCUCUUCGUCUCAGAGGAAGGAGCAGUCUCGUUGCAGGAAGGAAUGCUCUGAGAGCUUAGGUAAGCUACAGAAGAAGAAUCAGGAACUCCAGAGACAUUUAGAGAAAGCUUGCCAUCAACUCCAGCACCGCAUCCGUGAACACAAAACUGCCAUGCAGCGCCUUAAAGAUGAGCAUGAAGGCAGAAUACAGAAACUAAAAGAGGAACAUCUGCAGCAGUUAGAGGAAGUGAAGAGAUCUAAAGAAUCCUCAGGAAGUUCUGAUCACCAACAAAAUCUUCAGCAAGGCCUCGAGGAGAUGAAGCAGCAAUACCUGAUCACUGUGGAAAAGAUCAGAGGAGACAUGCUGCGUUACCUUCAGGAAAGUCGGGAGCGUGCAGCGGAGAUGAUCCGCAUCGAGGUGCAGAGGGAGAGGCAGGACACUGCCCGGAAGAUGCGGCGCUACUAUCUGACCUGUCUGCAGGAGUUACUGGAGGAUGGGGGGGAAACAACAGGUGCUGAAAAGAAAAUAAUGAAUGCCGCGAGCAAGCUGGCAGCCAUGGCUAAGGUGCUGGAGACGCCGGUCAAAAGUAAACCGGGAAAGAAUUACUCUUUACCAAGUGGUUCAGCGGGUGGAUCUUCUAGCGCCAUUGGGUGUGUGCCAAAUAGAAGUGCAGGUUUCAGUAGCAACCUGACGGCGCUAACUGAACUUCCUGAUUUCAGACCAGAGCAGCGACCCCAGAGGGAAAAGGCUUCUGCUGAUUCAGGGCCACAAUCAACCGCAGCAGUUAGGACCAAACUUUUAGGCCCCCAGGACACUCCUGGACAUCAGGAGGGCUCAGGCGAUGCAGGCACAAAGCCCAAAACCUUUAACACAAGCCCCCCUUCUUACAAAUGUUCUCAGCAGACAUCUUUCCAAUCCCACAGGGAUUUUGUCAGUUUCUCAGUGAGGGGUAAAAGCACUGAGUGGUUUCUGCAAGGAGGCAAAGCAGAUGGCCGCCUGGAGUCAGCGAGACAGAGCCGACCUUCUCCCAUCCAGGAGGCUCCGGUCAGAGAUGAGAACCAGAGGGACUGGAGCGGGACUAGCAACGACUCAGACACUGGUCCACACAGAUCCAUACUGUUGUACCCAGGGAGGAAAGUUGAACCAGCGAGGCCUUUUCCUAUGAACACUGCUUCUGAUACUGAAAUAAGAGCGUUUGGCGGCUUCACUCCAGACGCUUCAGACCUAACGGUGUAUAAGGAAAUCCCCCAGCAGACACUUCCGACUGAAAGCAACACUCAAGCAAAGAAAAGUCUAGUCAGAGAGCCGAUCCCCGGCUCUGAGUGUGAAAGCAAACGUGAAGUUUGUUCCAGGCUUCUGUUCUCUGAGCUGAGGCAGCGGCAGCAGGACAGCGGGUUCGACAGUCCGUUCUACCAGCAGAAAUGAUGAAGGGAGGGCAGGUGUGAGGUGAAGUUAGAGCCUCAGAGGUGAUGGUCCAAGUAGCUUAAUUUGGACUGGAUUGUGCCUUUAACUCAGUGUUUUAUGUUUACAUGUUCUAAAACAUUUAGAACAUUUUUCAUUAGUGGUUUUGUGGAUGGAAAUAUCGUUUGGAUGUUUUGGAAAUACUUCUUUGCUUUCUUCUAGUGAGUAAUUUACAGGGUUUGGUCAAAGUAUAGAAACCCAUCAUCUCCAUGAAUAUAUGCAAAAUAUGCAAUAUUUUGUCUUUUUACAGGGUUAAUUGAUUAAACAACAAACAGAUUGUUAAAAAAAUUAUUUGUUGCAGAACGUUGAUCUUAUUGCAGAUUUUCUUAUUCACGCCGGAUCAAAAUAAUACAUGCAUUCCCCAAUAAUAUUGCAUAAAUGUCCCAAAGGAGAAUUAGACGAGUUGAUUUAAACAGGUUGGAUUCCUUGAAGAGACCCAGUUCAUAAGCAUAGUCCAUUCCUUUUUUUUUAUCGAUUCAAGGUGUGGGAAACCUUGUCAGCCUGCUGUACCAUUUCCAAAACCAGUCUUAUGAUGUGUUUGGGGUCGUCGUCCUGUUGGAUUACCCAAUUAGCUCCAAGUGUCACUCAUCCGACUUAAACUGUCUCCUUCAGAUGAAUGGAAAUGAGUUUGGUUGUUGAGAAAGGAACCCAGAAAUCACCAAGCCUCAAACCAAUUAUUAACAGGUCCGCAAGGUUUUAUAUCUACACCAUCUGAAAAGGUGCCAAACAAGAAAGACCCCCUGCUCCAACAUGUACAGCUGCCUGCAUGGACAAGCCAGAUGUUCUGGAGAAACUGUCUCAGCUGUUUGGUCACAAUGAUAAAAAUUAUGCUUGGGAGAGUUGACAUGACUCUUUUAAAAGAAACCCUGUACCAACGGUGCAGCAGGGUGGUGGUAGUGUAAUGCUGAGGGGCUGUUUUGCAGCCAGUAGUACUGGUGGGUUGCAUAAAGUUAGUAGAAUAAUGAGGAAGAACUACAUCCAAAUUGUUCCCCUCAAAUCAACAACUAGAAAGUUGAACCUUGGACACAGUUGAGUGUUUCACCAGGACAAUGAUCGCUAACACACAUCAAACCUGGUUUUAGGAUGUAUAAAACAGGCUAACGUGAAACUCCUGGAAUGGCCCUGAAUCAAGCUUAAUGAAAACCUAAGAUCUGUGCUUCAGGGCUGUGUCCGUUCUAGAAAACCAACCAAUUAAAAGUCAAAUAUGCAGCCAGGACUAUGCCAGAAGCUUGCUGAUUGCUACCAGAGCAUGUCCUUUUUCUGCAAUCUGUACAUUUGAGCCUAUAUUGUAUAAUUAUGACCUUAUGUGGAUUAGAGAAAAUCCACAUUAAAUUCAAACUAUUUUCACCCAAUUCGCUGUAUCUUAUUUAUCAUUCCACCCCCGGAGAAACAAGAUGGCACAAACAAAACCCCAAAUUAAUCUGGGAUCCAUGCUCAUGAUGAGUUAAUACAAAGUUUUGAUCAGUGCUGUACAUCAUUAAGAUAAUAUACCUGUAACAUAAAACUUAAAGAAUAAAAACCCAGGCAGCAGCUGUUUUAUUUUACUCGUCUUAUCGAUAAAAUAGGUGGAAAGAGCCUCCACGGCACAUUUAGGGCUCCAAAUCACCUUAUCACACAUUCUGAACCUGCACCGAGGCAAAUUAAGGGAAGUUUUGAUCUGGAUAAAGCAGAUAAAACUUGUUAAUUAUUGACUGGUCAAGUUCCCUCAGUGUUUCAUUCUGUUUUGCAUCACUGUGCAAAGCUAAUCUCUGCCACUGAUUUUAGCUUUACUUUCACCACGUAGCUGUGAUAUGUGCAUUGAUCCUCCCCUUUAAGUCACAAGAAGAAAGUAAAGAAGCAUCUUUACCGAAACUGCUGUUGUAUAGUGAACAGUUUGUAGCAAAGUAAAUGUUUAUAUAUAAUCUAGAGGUCAACUGGGUUACAUUAAAAUGUCACCCCAGUUUGAGCAAAUCUGCCUUUCUUUUGUUAACUUUGAUUAGGUUUAAUAAAAUCACUACCCUGUUAACAAGUUGAAAUGCAAACUGAACACAGGAAAACUCAGGAAACUUCUUACACUCCUCACUUUUAAUAUUAAGGUUGGCUUGUUUCAAAUAAAAUCUUGUUUUAAAAAGGAUACAAGUUUACUUUUUGUUUUUGAAAGCAAAACAACAAAAGCCAUUGAAUAAAUAUUUUUAACUCCAUCCACAUGGAAAUAUCUGAAUGACAUAAAACGGCUGCUAGCUCUCAGCAUAAAGUCCUAGAUAUUCAAGUUCUGUUUCUAUGUUUGAAACGUGUUUUAUGUUCCAUGUUCGUGUUUUUAUAUUGUGAAAUGUCUUACACCGGAUUUACAAGAUGAGCUGUGCAUACAUUAUAACUGUUUUAUAUUUAUAUGUGUAUAUAUACUUUUAAAGACAUUUUAAUAAACCUCGUCUUAUUUGAAACUGAAA